AUGGCUUCAUCACAACUUGGAGAAAACCAACCAGUGCCGUGUUCCAGAUUUACCGGAGACUUUGCCGGCCGCUACGGCGACUUGCGGGCUUUAGCCUCCGCGCCACCAUCGUGCAUCACAUCAGACCACUCCAACUUCUCCAGUCUUGAAGUGGUCCCGGUGUUUGCACCGCACGCUUCGGAUUUGCCGCCGGGACUGGACCGUGCUUGCCAUGAAAAAGAGGCGGGGAGACGAAACAGCGCCAAGGGUUUUGAGAUGGAGACAAACAGUCAGAAACGAGCACCCGAGGAUCUCUUUAAGGACAUGUUUGCGUCUGUAUACCCUCUACGACUCUUCUUCUCUACUGCGGCCCACACCUCGCACUUGAGCAACAUGUCCCAACACUCUCAGAGCGCCAUCUCGCGUGGCCGUCCCUCGGACGCACAAAGGAAACCGUACAGUGCUACUCUUGCAUGCCAUUCCUGGCGUUACAUGGCCCAUCUGCCGGGCUCCAUCAAAAUGCUCUUCUUUCUCAAGUCACUCGCUACGCUGCAGGACUGCACAAGCUAG